UGGAGAACGGAACAUGGGAAGUCAGCAGCCUCUGGAGUAACGACUCGCAUUCUGGUAGGACUCUGGGCCUGAUGCCUCGGACUCCCCUGGCCGUUCAGGUGGUGACCAUUGCGCUGGUGCUGCUCAUCUGCGGCGUGGGCAUCGCAGGCAAUGCCAUGGUAGUCCUAGUGGUGGCCCGGAGUCGCCAUAUGGUCACUCCCACUAACUGUUACUUGGUCAGUCUAGCGGCCGCUGAUCUCCUGGUGCUUCUGGCGGCUGGGCUGCCCAAUCUGUCCGACGUUGUGGCCUCUUGGGUGUUUGGCCACGCGGGCUGCUUGUGCAUCACCUACCUGCAAUACCUGGGCAUCAACGCGUCCACAGGCUCGCUCACAGCGUUCACGGUGGAGCGCUAUUUGGCCAUCUGCCACCCCAUCCGCGCACAGUCCCUGUGCACAGUGGCCCGGGCCAAACGCAUCAUCGCCCUAGUGUGGCUGGGCACAGCAGCCUAUUGCGUCAUGUGGCUCUUCCUGGUGGACACGAGCGAGGUGGUCUUCGCCGACGGCGUGCGGGUGCAGUGCGGCUACCGAGUGUCGCGCGAGCUCUACCUGCCCGUCUACUUCCUAGACUUCGCCCUGUUCUAUGCGCUGCCUCUGGGACUGGCCACUGUGCUGUACACGCUCAUCGCGCGCAUUCUCUUUCUAGGUCCCCUGCCCCGCGCGUCCGACGCUGACUCUGCCAAUUCCAUCCACCAGGGCCGCUCCCAAGAGCUCCCUUCCGACUCCAAAGGAUCGGUUCGCUUUUCGUGUCGGGGGAACAGGGGCGCCCUGAGCUCCAGGAAACAGGUCACCAAGAUGCUGGUUGUGGUGGUAAUUCUGUUUGCCCUGCUCUGGAUGCCAUAUCGUACUCUGGUGGUGGUGAACUCCUUCCUCAACCCACCCUAUCUGAAUCUCUGGUUUCUCCUCUUCUGUCGAAUCUGCAUUUACCUGAACAGCGCCGUAAACCCGAUCAUCUACAAUCUCAUGUCCCAGAAGUUCCGCACGGCCUUUCAGAAGUUGUGCAGGUGCAGGACAACCCAGCCCGAGCCCUCAUCCCAAUAUAUGGCCCCUGUCUACUACAGUGUCAUGAAAGAUAGUUCCCAAAAUAACUCUGACUCUAAUGCCAACCAGUUCAACAGCAUCCCUGGGCCUGGGCAGGAGAGCCAACUGUCCAGAUAAAAUAGAGGCCUGGGAUCUCUGAGGGUGGGCAACAGAACCCUCAAUACCCCAAGAGCCCCCCACCUCACCUCCAAUGCCAUUUCAGAUAGGUUGGAUUAGUUAAUCUCAGAGGGGUGAAUUUCGGUAUCAAAUGCAUAACAUGAGCAUGUUUAGUUGUGCUGGGAAUGAGGGGGGAAAUGAUAGAUUGAAGGGACCUUAAAUCAUCCAGAUGAAUAGCACCCCUUUGUUUUACAGGUGAGGAGAGGGAAUCAUAGACAGAGAGCAAUUUGAACAAGAUUACACAGAAAGUUAAAAAGAAAGCCAGGAUCUGAACUCUGGUCCUCUGAUUCCACAAGACCACAGUGCCUGUCUUCUUAAGGAAUAGAAGAGAUAUAGAGGGCUGGAAGGGCUUCCUGCUUCAUUCUGUCUGACCCCUCUUCCCCGAGGAGAUCAUAGUUAAGUCAGAAUCCCCAGGAAUUUGUUUGAACUCAAGGAGAUAACACUCUCCCUUCUUCAGCCAGAGUUUGCCAUAACUGGCCCAGACAUUAUUGAAGAGAGACUUCCAUGGAGGAUGGUUUGAAGAAUAGGGAGGAGGACAUUAUGGCAAAGCCAACUAAUCAUCUCACCUGAUAGGCAUCUCAGUCCAGUCACUUCCCAUAGAUACUCUUGAUUUCCAGUGUCAGUUCUAUAAAUCCUAAGUGUGGAGGGAGGGGGGAGUCAUUCUACUUGCUUAAAUUUGCCCAGCUGUUUUCAACCAGAUAAGGCAGUCUGGGUGAGGGAGAACUCCUUAGGAGUGUUCUAAUUUCUUGUUGACCUGGAGAAGGAGCAUGCUGAAGACAUUUUGGAAAGAUGAAAUUUUUUAUGGGGUAAAGGAAUGAAGCUUUUUGCAUGACUAGAAGCUAUGUUUAUUCUUCUGUUCUUGGAUUUAAAAUAAUAAUAGAUUAUUCCUUUAAAUGAGCUGUUGCCCUCCA